AUGGAAAAUAAUACCAGUUUUAACUUCAUGUUGUUUGAAAAUCUAGGAUACAUAAGAUAUGCUCUCUUCAUUUUGGGUUUUGUUCUGUAUUUUGCUAUAAUACUCUUUAAUGUCCUUAUAAUGCUUGCAGUGUUUCGGGAAAGGACAUUACACCAGCCUAUGUACAUUCUGAUUUCAUGCUUGUCUAUGAACUCUUUAUUUGGUACAGCUGGCUUUUUCCCAAGAGUUCUGUCAGACUUGCUGUCUGAAACACACUCAAUCUCUCGUGAAGCAUGCUUCUUCCAGUCUUUUGUCAUUUUCACAUAUGCAGCAAAUGAGUUCACAAUAUUAAUGUUAAUGGCGUUUGACAGAUUUGCUGCAAUUUGUAAACCUUUACGUUACCACAGCAUAGUUAGACCAAGGUUUCUUGCUUGUUUAAUAGUUAUAAACCUGACUUUUCCAAUGAUUUUGCUUGGUGUUUCUGCACUUUUAACUACCAAACUAAAAAUGUGUGGUAACAAACUAUUUAAGGUGUACUGCCAUAGCUAUGAAGUAGUCAAGCUUUCUUGUGACAACAUCGCAAUCAAUAAUGCUUUUGGCUUGUUUAUAGUAAUAAUAACUACCAUCAUCCCAAUAAGUUCAAUACUAUUUUCCUAUGUAAAAAUUCUUAUCAUUUGUCAGAGAAGCUCAGCACAGUUAAAAGGCAAAGCAUAUCAAACCUGUAUUCCACACAUAGUGGUCCUGUUGAAUUUCACAAUUGCUGUAACAUGUGAUGUCACUUUGAGUCGGGUUGCGAAUUUGCAAAUUCCUGUAGGUCUGUCCGUUUUUCUUUCACUCGAGUUUCUUAUUAUACCACCUGUACUCAACCCCCUUAUUUAUGCUUUUAACCUGCCUGAUAUUCGCAAAAAAAUGGUCAGCCUUAUAAAACCAUUGAGAUAG